AUGAGCGCAAAACCCAUCCUCGUGUUUUACCACGUUCCUGGUGAUGGGGACGAGGCAGAGAUGCCGAAUGCUUUCCCAGUCUUAAAGGCUGAUGGACACAUCCUUCUGCAGGACAUCCGCAGCAAGUUCCCGCUUCCGGGGACGUAUCACUUCCGGUUUAAGAUGCGAUGGGGCCCAGACCCGGCGCAUGUUGCGUGGAUGGAUGUCACGAACGAGGCCGCACAGGUGCCGAUGUUCGACGGCCGGGUUGUGGCAAAGGUGACGCGCGUGUGCUGGGAGUCCAAGACGGACGUCGCAGCUUUGAAUGGCGUGGGCAAGCCGCAGGCUGCGCCCAAGCCACCGCCGGAUGUGCUUUCCUUCGACAGUCCGGUGGUGGCCCCAUCGGCAGCCCCAUCAGCGCCCUCGGCGCCGGUCGCAGGCUACGCUUCUGGUCCGACUCCCCAGGCCCCGAAGCCGAACGAUGACUUCGAUAUGCUCUUCAGCUGA